AUGGAACAACUUUCACGUUUAACAUUUCCAAUGAAUUAUUACGAAUCAUAUAAUUUAACUAAUUCGAUUUUAAACCCAACAACACCAUCAACAUUAGAAAUGAAAUCAAAUGGAAUUAUUGAUUAUAUUGGUUCACAUCUUGAACGAAUUCGAUUACUUGUUAUUGUUUAUUUAUUAACAAUAAUAUGGAUACUUUAUCUUAUAUUAUAUCAUUCGCGUACACAAGGUAUUACAUUAUUUUAUACAGUGGCUAUCAAAAUUAUUCGACUAGAAAAUGAUGGUUUAUCUUCUUCAAUAAAUUCAAAUUAUGAUCAAAAUAUUCAAUUAGAAUCGAUUCAAACUUCACCAAAAUUAUUUUCAUCAAAUAAAGAUAUUGAAAAAUCUUUUAAUAUGAUAAAUCAAAACUCUUAUGGAAAUUUAUCAGAUCAUCUAUCGAAUUAUCAAUGUCAAAAAAUUAAUUUUGAUUAUUCUCAAGAGAAUUUCUCAAAAUAUCGAACAGAUCAAUAUUAUAAUAGACCUUUUUAUAAUUCUUAUCAAGAUUAUUCUGGACAAACAUUGUUAUUUUGUCCAAAUAACAAUGAAUAUAAUUAUUUAUCGUUAAAUUGCAAAGUUGCUUAUCAUCGUUUAGAAUAUUUAACUGAAAAAUUACUUGAAUUAUCAUGUAAAUCACAUGAAAAAGUUCAAGAAAAGGAAUGUAAUCAAAAAAUAUUAUCAAAUCCUAUUCAAAAAUUAUUUUCAUCAUCAUUCAAAAACAAUUUUUGUAAUCAUCAAUCAUCGAACAACGAUAAACAAGAUAUUUUUUUGAAUGUAAAUAAUCAACAAGAAUAUAAUAAAAGAUCAUUUCAUAUUCCGAUUGUUUAUAUAUCUAAAAAAAAUUUUUAUCCUAAAAUAAAAAUUAUUCCUGUUAAUAGUUGUCAACAAUUCUUAUCAAAUAAACAUUCGUUGGAUAAAAUAAAAAGUAUGUCAACAAUAAGAACGUUACGAUCUGAAUCUCAAUGUUCUUCUCCACCCAUUGAAUCAACGGUUCCAUUAGUUUCUACGAACGAAAGACGACGACAUUCAAUAACAACAACAAAUGCAUCAGAAAUAAAGUCAAAUAUUGAAAAACUUCCUUUAAAAGAUCGUCAAAAAAAAGUCACUUUAGAAGUUAAAACAAAUACUUAUAAUAGAAAAGUACAAGUUAAAACAACACAAAAAGAUACGAUUUGUACAAAAACAAAAUCAUCAAAUUCAAAUGAAACUCAAUUAACUUCACCACAACAAACUCAAUUUGAACAACCACCAAAAUCAUUAACAUCAAAUAGUUGUAUUCAAAGUGUUCGUGUUAGUGUUAGUUCACCAACAAAUGAUAAUAAAUAUCUUGAUAAACCAGAACCACAAUCUCCAACUUAUUCAUCAAUGAUAUCAAAUUUUAUUCGAGAAAAUCUUAAUGAACAACCACAAUUUGAUGAUAAAGAAGAAACAUUUAAUCAUCGACCACUUCUUGAUCUAAUCAAUGAAUUAAAUCAACGUAAUUCAUUAAAACAAACACAAUAUGUACCAGAACUUGAUCAUCAUCAUCAAACUUUAUCACCAUCACCAUCACCAUCAAGAAUUUUACCACCCAAACAACUACCUACUUUUACACCUGUUAUUGUUCAUAGAAAAUAUCAGGAACCAAUUGGUCAUUUUGAUUUAGUGGAUAAUAGUGAAAAUUCAUCUUUAUCAAAUGUAUCAUUUAAUCCUCGUAAUAGUCGAAGUGGAGUUAUGAGAAGUUAUACAUUUACAACACCAGAUGAUAUUGAUACUGAUUCUAAUAAAAUAUCUUCUGUUAGUACAACAACAUUUCAAUCAACACCUGAAUUAACUUCUUCAAAUCAAUCAGUUAUAUCAAAUGUUCUUAAUACAAAACAUAAUUCACCAUUAUCAACAAGUGCAAGUAGUUUAACUAGUACAUUAAAUGUUAAUACAACAGGCACGUCUACUACAAAUAUUGAUGACAAAAAUGAGGCCAAACGUAAAGCAAUUGCUAUGCAAAUGUAUGAUACAGAAAAAUCUUAUGUUGAAGCACUUAAAAAUCUUGUUACGAAAUAUUAUUUACCAAUGAAAGAUAAAGAUAUUGUUUCCAAUGAUCUUAUUAAUGAUAUUUUUUAUAAAAUACCAGAAAUUCAUAUUCAUCAUACGGCAUUUUUAUUAUCGCUCUCUCAAAAGUUGAAUCAGUGGGAUAAUAAACAAACAGUUGGAGAUAUUGUUUUACAAAUGUUCACUCGAACAUCAGUUAUUGAAACUUAUACAAGUUUUGUUAAUAAUUAUAAAACGGCUCAAAUAGCAAUUCGUUUAUGUCGAGAUUUUUCAUCAUUUAAUAAAUUUCUUGAACAACAAGCACGUGAUCAUCAUGGUAAAUUAACAUUGAGAGAUUUAAUAAUUCAACCGGUGCAACGAAUUCCAAGAUAUGAAUUAUAUAUAAAAGAUUUUCUUAAAUGUACAAAUCCAAAUCAUCCUGAUUAUCAAUUAUUGCUUAAAGCACAAUCAGAAAUUCAUUCAUUAGCUGAAAAAAUUGAUCAAGUACAAAAAGAAGUUGGUUCAACUGACUUAACUGUUACUAAUAAUUCAUUAGAAGUUGUUCAAGAUAUGAUUGAAAAUUUAACUGAUUUAGUUAAUGCUGAUCGUUAUUAUAUUCGUCAUGAUGUUGUUACACUUCAAUCACCAUUAGGAUUAAAAAAAGAUCGAUGUAUUUUUUUAUUUAAUGAUCUUAUUAUAAUAACAAUUUGUAAACGAAGAAGUGGAACUUUAACUAAAAAAACAACUAAUUCAGUUAUUGUAAAUUCUCCAUCUGGAAAACAAUAUAUUGAUAAUGCAAAACAUAAAUUAAUAAUGAAAAUUUCACUUGAAAGUGUUGAUCUUGCUGCAGAUCAUUUAAAAAAACGAAAAUCGUCUGUGUCAACUCCUCCAUCAUUAUUAAAAUCAAAUUCAAUAUCAAGUACAACUUCAGAAAAACAUCGAAAUCUUGAAGAAGAUGUUAUUAUUCUUGGACAAAUGACGAAUUUAGCUAAAACAAUGACUGUACCUCAUCAGCAAUUAGAUGAUUUACUAAAAGAAACUCUUAAUAAUAUAAAUAAACAAUUAAUUGAUGAAACAAUAUCUACAACAAAUAUUCGAAGCACAACUCCAGAUCCAUUUAUUCUAUCUGAUAAUAUACAACAAAAAUCAAAUAAUAUUCAAUUAAUUAUACAUACAACAGAACGUACAGAAACAAUUGAUGUUAUAUUUGCAUCAUCAGAAGAUAAAAUAAUAUGGGAAAAAAGUUUUCUUGAAGCGAAAAGAAUUCUUUUUGAAACUGCUGCUGGUAAAAGAAAAGUUAUUUUUCAACAUGUUCUUACUCUUCCAUAUACUCGACCAGGAAGUCAAUUUUCAUGUGGUGUUGCUCGUUCUUAUUCAGAUGAUUUAUUUUUAUGUUAUACUGAUGGUGAUAUAUAUUUAAUUAAUAUUGAAUCUAAUGCAACAUUAAAAAGUUCGAAUAAAAUUCCAUUAUCAGGAAUAAAUUGUAUUGGAUAUAUUCCAUCAAAUAAAACUCGUCGAUCAUCAGUAAAUAUAACUAAACAAGAGGAUGAUCAUGAUCAUAAUCAUCAUCAUCAUCAUCAUCAUCGUGGUCACGAUAAACGUAAUUCAGUUUUUCAAGAACAAUUAAAUACUUAUAGCAAAGCAAGAACUAUUGAUUCAUUACUUGAAAUUGAUUCAAGUGAUGAUGAUGAUGUGAUAAAUAAUGAGGAGAAUUUAUCAUUAAAUGAAUCAUCAUCAAAUUUAUCUGAAAGUAAUUUAAAUAAUGAACAUUCAGAAACAAGACAAGCUACAAUAUGGUUAGGAACACGAGAUGGAGGUUUAUUUAUAUGUGAAUGUUCACAAACAGUAAAAACAUUUGGACGAAAAAGUCGAAUAUGUAAACAAUUAAAUUCUUCAAUUCAUUCAAUUUUAUAUACCGAUAAUAAAGUAUUUCUUGCUUUAAAUUAUGGACAAUUAUGUAUUUUUACUAGAGAUAUAAAUGAUCGUUGGGAUUUUGAUUGUCCAAUAAUUAAAUCAAUUGAAGAAAAUUCUAAAAAAUCUGAUAAUGGAAAUGGAGAAUUUAAUAAUGAUGAAAAUAGUGAUCGUAUAUCAAUAUUAACAUUAGUAGCUGGUAGAUUAUGGUGUGCUAUACGAGAUAAAAUAUAUGUUGUUUGUCCAAAUUCAUUAAAUGUUGAACAUUCAUUUAUUGUUGAUGAUUGUCAUCGUCAUGUAUCAAGUAUAGCAGCAGGUGGAUCAUCAAUGCAUCAUGUAUGGAUUGCAUCACAAGGUUCACAUGAAAUUCGUCUUUAUCAUGCAACACAUUUUGUUUGUUUACUUGAAACAAGUAUAAGAACGGCAGUUACACAAAAAUUACAAACAUGUGAUGAUAUAAUUCGUGCUCAUAAAUUAGGUUGUCUAUAUGUAAGUACACUUUAUGUUUGUAAAGAAACAUUAUGGAUUGGAACAAGUUCUGGUGUUAUUCUCAAUUUAACAAUUCCACAAUUAAUUGAUUCAUUAUCAACAAGUACAAAUAAUAAAUUAACAUCAAAUUCUAUUCAAUUAAAAGGUUUAUCAUAUGGUCAUGCUGGACCUGUUAGAUUUAUUAUUUCAAUUGAUAAAAAUUUUAUUUCAACAACAGAAGAAGGUACAACAAUUAAAACAUUUGUUAUUACUAUUGGAGAUGGUUUUGAAGAUUAUAAUAAUAAUGAUGAAACAUUAGGAAAAGAUGAUGCUCUUUCACAUCUUAUUCUUUGGAAAAUAUGA